AUGGAGGCCUUGGUGGCGUUGGACAAGGUGGCGUUGGACCAGGUGGCUUUGGACAAGGUGGCUUUGGACAAGGUGGCGUUGGACCAGGUGGCGUUGGACCAGGUGGUGUUGGACCAGGUGGUGUUGGACCAGGUGGCUUUGGACAAGGUGGCUUUGGACCAGGUGGCGUUGGACCAGGUGGUGUUGGACCAGGUGGCGUUGGACCAGGUGGUGUUGGACCAGGUGGCUUUGGACAAGGUGGCGUUGGACCAGGUGGCGUUGGACCAGGUGGUGUUGGACCAGGUGGCUUUGGACAAGGUGGCGUUGGACCAGGUGGCGUUGGACCAGGUGGUGUUGGACCAGGUGGCGUUGGACCAGGUGGCGUUGGACCAGGUGGCUUUGGACAAGGUGGCGUUGGACCAGGUGGCUUUGGACCAGGUGGUGUUGGACCAGGAGCAGGCAGAAAACCUGGGAAACCAGGUUAUGGCUGGCCUGGGGGUUUCGGUGGUGGACCGCAGCUAUGGUGGAUACGGUGGGCCUGGAGGUCUUUAUCCUGGAGCUGGAACAGCUGGCCAGAAACCACCAAAACCAGGAUUUGGUCCAGGUGGUGCAGGAAUUGGACCUGGUGGUGCAGGAUUUGGUCCAGGUGGUGCAGGAUUUGGUCCAGGUGGUGCAGGAUUUGGACCUGGUGGUGCAGGAGUUCGCCCUGGAGGUGUAGGAAUUGGACCAGGAGGCACAGGAAUUGGUCCAGGUGGGACAGGAAUUGGUCCAGGUGGUACUGGAAUUGGACCAGGUGGCACAGGAAUUGGUCCAGGUGGGACAGGACUUGGUCCAGGUGGAGCAGGAGUUGGUCCUGGAGGUGUAGGAAUUGGACCUGGUGGCACUGGAACUGGAAUUGGAGGAGCAGGAGUAUCGCCUGGUGGAGCACCUUUUCUUCCCCAAACUGGAUUACCUGGAACUGGAACAGGCACUGGGGGCAAAGUUGGAAAGGCUGGGAAGGCACCAGUGCCAGGUGUUGGGAUUCCAGGGUUAUACCAAGGGGGUAUUGUUCCUGGGCAAGGCUUUGGUGGUAGAGGCAUUCUGCCAGGUGUAGCCACAGGAUCUCAAACUGGGCAGCUUGGUCAAGGUGCAGUUGGAGCCAAUGCAGGAGGCCGCGGAGGAUUUGGUCAACAAAUUCCAGGCGUGUUCCGUGGAUAUCCUCUUAUAUCACCUAAGUCUGGAGGCAAAAGCGCUGCAAAGUCUCAGGCUAAAGCUGCCAUGUAUGGUGCUGGUGGUGUUCCGGGUCUAGGUGGUGGGCUUGGUGUAGGAGGUGUACCUGGUGCAGGUGGUGUGCCAGGAAUAGGCGGUGUUCCAGGAGUCAUUCCUGGAACUGGUGGCGCAACUCCUGGAGUCUUAAAUCCGGGAGCUGGUGGUGUUUAUCCUGGAGGAGCUGGGGCAAAAGCUCGGAAAUAUGGAAUUGGUGGAGCGGGAGGACUUCCUGGUUCUGGCUUGGGAGUUGGUGGUCUUGGAGCUGGAGGACUUCCUGGUUCUGGCUUGGGAUUUGGUGGUCUUGGAGCUGGAGGACUUCCUGGUUCUGGCUUGGGAGUUGGUGGUCUUGGAGCUGGAGGACUUCCUGGUUCUGGCUUGGGAUUUGGUGGUCUUGGAGCCGGAGGACUUCCUGGUUCUGGCUUGGGAGUUGGUGGUCUUGGAGCUGGAGGACUUCCUGGUUCUGGCUUGGGUGGUCAGGGUGGACCCCUUGGUUCUGGUUUAGGAGCUAGUGGAGGUCCUGAAGGAUAUGCUGCGGCUAAAGCAAGAAAAUAUGCUCAGCUUGGACGUCAUGGUGGAGGUCUUGGGACUGGUGGUCUACCUGGUGGAGGUCUUGGGACUGGUGGUCUACCUGGUGGAGGUCUUGGGACAGGUGGACUGCCCGGUGGAGGUCUUGGGACUGGUAGGCUACCUGGUGGAGGUCUUGGGACUGGUGGACUACCUGGUGGAGGUCUUGGGACUGGUGGACUACCUGGUGGAGGUCUUGGGACUGGUGGACUGCCCGGUGGAGGUCUUGGUGGACUGCCUGGUGGAGGUCUUGGGACUGGUGGACUGCCUGGUGGAGGUCUUGGGACAGGUGGAUUACCUGGUGGAGGAGCUGGUGGUCUUCCUAGCGGUGGUUCUGGAGGACUUCCUGGCUCUGGAUAUGCAGGGGCAAAAGCUCGUAAAUAUGGUCUACUUGGUGGGGGUGCUGGUUUAGGCCAAGGCACUGGAUUAGCUACAGGCACUGGUGUCGGACUGGGUGGGGCAGGGGGUAUACCUGGAACUGGAGUUGGAUCUGGUGUGGGUUACGGUCCAGGAGGUGUACCCAGUGGUGGGUUUGGUCCUGGAAGUGCAUUUGGACCUGAAGGAUAUGCUAGGGCCAAAGCUCGCAAAUAUGGGGUUCCUGGUGGAGCUGGUGGAAUACAAUUACCUGGAGGAUUAGGAGGGUCACUUGGUACCGGCACAGCUGGAGCUGGAGGAGGAACACCAGGAGCUGGAACUGGACCAGGAUGGGCACCGAUCGGUGGUUAUGGGCCAGGAGGAGUACCUGCUGGAGGAUAUGGAGCUGGCUUUGGAGCCUAUCCAGGUGGACCAAAGGCUCUUAAAUAUGGUCCUGGUGGGAGCGGAGGGGCUCCAGGACUUGGUCUGCAGGGUCAGGUAGGAACCGGUCCAGUGGGAGGUUAUGGUCCAGGGACUGUAGGAGGUCCUGGGUCUGGAUUUGCUGGAUCAGGACUGCCUGGUAGUGCUGUUGGAGCUGGAAGCAGAGGAGGGCUUGGGCCUGGGUAUGGAACAGGCGCUGGAGGAUAUGGACCUGGAUCAAAAGCAGCUAAAUAUGGUUUACCUGGUUCUGGAGGUGUGUUAGGAGGAGGAGCAGGAGCUAUACCAGGAGGUGCUGGAGUUCUCCCUGGAGGGCUUGGCACUGGUGUUGGAUAUGGGGGGUAUGGAGGGUAUAGAGGAGGACAAAAACCACCUAAAUAUGGACAACCAGCUGGUGGGGUUGGAAGUGUGUUGGGUGGCUCGGUACCAGCAACUGGUGGAACUGGGGCCACAGGAACUGGAGUUGGAACUGGUGGGGCUGGAGGUAUACAAGGUUCAGGAACCAAGGAAGACAAGUAUGGUGUACCAGGCAUCACAGGAGGACCAACAAUUCCAGGUAGUACAGCUGCUGGCGGAACAGAUCGUGGAGCAGGUCCUAAACCUGGAGUUGAUGGAGUGAUCGGCAGUCCUGAUGGUGGAACUCGUAGUGAAGGAGGUGGAACAAAAGCUCCCAAGACUGAAUCUGGAGGACCAAUAGAGGGAUCAGGCGUUACUGGUGGCCCCAUUGAAGCUGAUGGGCUUGAUGGAGCUGCUGGGACAAGAAUACCCAUAUUAGCUGGAGAAAGACCAGGAGUUGGUGACAGUGGAACAUUACCUGGAGCCAAACCACUAAAACCCCCAGUCAUUGGAGGUGGAGCCAUUGCUGGACGUGGAGAUACACCGGGCACUAUUGAAGGAGGACCUGGAAGUGUAGGCAGUGGUCCAGGAGGAGCUGGUGGAGUUCCGGGAGGAGCUGGUGGAGUUCCGGGAGGAGCUGGUGGAGUUCCGGGAGGAGCUGGUGGAGUUCCGGGUGGAGCUGGUGGAGUUCCGGGUGGAGCUGGUGGAGUUCCGGGAGGAGCUGGUGGAGUUCCGGGAGGAGCUGGUGGAGUUCCGGGAGGAGCUGGUGGAGUUCCGGGAGGAGCUGGUGGAGUUCCGGGUGGAGUAGGUGGAGUUCCGGGAGGAGCUGGUGGAGUUCCGGGAGGAGUUGGUGGAGUUCCGGGAGGAGUUGGUGGAGUUCCGGGUGGAGUAGGUGGAGUUCCGGGAGGAGUUGGUGGAGGACCAGGUGGAGUUAAACCUCCUAAAGUUUAUGGUGGUCCAGGUGGAACUGGAGCUCUGGGAGUUGGAGGUGUGGGUGGAGUGGGAGGAGCAGGACUUCUGCCUGGAGGUGGUGGUCUGCUACCAGGAGCUGCAGGCACAGGAUUUGGAGCGCAGAAACCAGGCAAAAGUUACGGUGGAGCUGGAAGUUUUGGAGCCGGUGGGAUCCUACCAGGGGCCGGCAUCAGGUUCCCCAGUGGGGCUGCAGUGGGCGGAAAACAAGGAAAAGUUUAUGGGGCAGCAGGCACACUUGGUGGGCUUGGAGGCCCAGGCGGAUAUGGAACAUCACCUGGUGGCUAUGGUGGUGGUCAGGGCGGUUAUGGUGGUGGCCAGGGCGGUUAUGGUGGUGGUCAGGGCGGUUAUGGAGGUGGUCAGGGCGGUUAUGGAGGUGGUCCGGGCGGUGGACUUGGAGGGCUUGGUUAUGGUCCUGGUGCAUUAAAACCACCUAAAAGCUAUGGAGGAGCUGGAACAUUGGGUGGGGCUGGAAGAGGAGGUGGUGGUCUAGGAGUUGGACCAGGAGGUGCUGGCGGAGGAGUUGGUGUGGGUGGAGGCUAUGGAGGUUUAGGUGGAGCUGGAGGUCUUGGAGGAGGUGCUGGAAGCCCAGUAGGAACCGGUGGAGGAGGUGGAGUCCCUGGAUAUGGGACUGGUGUAGGUCCAGGUGCUGGAUAUCAACAGCCUUAUCCAGGUUAUGGUGGCACUGGCGCAGGGGGAACUGGAAGUGCACCACUUACACCUCAGCAAUCAAAAGCAGCCAAAUACGCAGCUCUUCAAGGCUUUCUAGGUGCAGGAGGCUACAGAGGGGGCGCAGGAUGCCAAGGCAAAUACUGCGGAAGGAGAAGGAAGUGAGAAACCAGCAGAUAGAAGUGACCUCAGAAACAAGUGGUGCUACUGCCUGAUCUCAAAUGCACUUUUUUUUUACAGUUUAAAAGUGCCUCAUGUAAUAUGUGAGAAAGAUUUGAAUUUGCAUUAAAGUUUUUUUUUUCAGCCAUAUGAUUAGAUGUGAACCUCACAAGGCACUCUUUUGCACUGUCUAACUCCCUUAUGUACUUAUGUCACUAGACAUUUCCUUUGCUUGACAUUUUUUAAAUAACAAAUCAGACAUUUGACCAUUUAAUGUUCCACCUUAAACUGCUGCAGAUCCAGCUGUUUCACUUCAGUGGCUCACUUGCACACUUGCUAAACAUUCAGACACAUGUCGUCUAGGGUUGUGUCGCUGCUAUUUCAGGAUGAACUGACUGUGGGGGAAGCAGCGUCAUUUUUUGGCUAUGUAUCAAAAAGUAAAGGGAGACUAAUCUCUUUCUAGCUGUAUGCUUAAGACUUCAUGAAUGGAUAUUUAGUGUUUUCCAGCAUCUUCAGUCUUUCAAAGUAUAAUCCGUCACACCAAGGAAUGGGAUCUAGGCAUGCAAUGUUUUUUUUUUAGUCUUACAAGAACAAAACGCUUGUCAUUACUGCAGUAGACAGCAUCUAAGUACUGAGGAUUACAAGCUGUCUUUAAAGAUACCUCAGGAACUUGAAGCGGUUUCUUUUCUCGUAUCCCGACCCUAUCAGUUGUUUUUGUUUGUUUGUGUUAACAUGACUCUGAUUAAAUUAAAAUGUUGGGUUUUUAAGAGUAGCUAUCAAUGCAUUUAACCUAACUCAUUUUGGUGUUUGUGUGUUGUGAAUGAUGUAGGCUAUCUGUGUUUCUGUAAGUGCAACUAUUCAAAUGUGACCUGAAAGUAUGAUAGAAGCAAUUCUAAUCUAAGAAGAAUCGCUUCGCAUUGUUUACCUUUUGUUCUUCACUUUUAUGCACUUGUUACUUUUGUGAAAGUCCAACCUGUUCACAUUUGUUUGAUCUUUGAUUUUGUUUGGGCCUUUUAUCCAUUAUCUACAUUUUUAAAAAUUAAUAAAAAAAAUAAAAAUGGAAAAAA